CAAACACGUCAGACUCUACCACGGAGGCCGUUGCAGUUACUUUCCUGGACAGACCUCGGAGCAGUAUAUAAUACCCUCGAGUCAAGCAAGUCGCAGAUCACCUGUUAGGUUCUCCGAGUAGAGCAAAGAUGUCCGCAGACGGAAGCGUACACGCAGAAUCUUGGGACCAGGUCCCUCUCGCCCCUCCCGACAGCAUCUUCAAGUUGACUGCUGGCUACAAGGAAGAUUCCUUCCCCCAGAAGAUCAACCUCGGUGUCGGCGCGUACAGAGAUGAUAAUAGCAAGCCCUGGGUGUUGCCCGUGGUGAAGAAGGCGACACAAAUUCUGCUGGAAGAUCCGAACCUCGACCACGAGUAUCUUCCUAUCACUGGAUUGCCUGCUUUCACUUCGGCCGCGGCGAAGCUCGUUCUUGGGGCAGAUUCCCCAGCCAUUGCCUCAGGCCGAGUUUGCAGUGUCCAGACUAUAUCAGGAACUGGUGCGAACCAUCUCGGCGCGCUGUUCUUGAGCCGAUACUACGAAUUCAACGGCGACAAGAAGGUCUACUUAAGCGACCCUACCUGGGUCAAUCACUUCGCCAUCUUCAGGAAUGUCGGAAUAGAGCCUCUCACAUACCCGUAUUACGACCCGAAAAUUAUCGGGCUUGCAUUCGAACAGCUGUUGAACACUCUCAAAACUCUUCCGCCUCGGUCGGCCGUUCUCCUGCAUGCAUGCGCCCACAAUCCCACCGGAGUUGAUCCAACCCGCGAGCAGUGGAGCCAGAUCUGCGACGUGUUCUUGGAGAAAGGACAUUAUGCGUUCUUUGACUCCGCCUAUCAAGGGUUCGCGAGCGGGGACUUGGACAACGACGCCUGGGCAGUGCGCGAGUUCGUCAAGCGUGAAGUUCCCCUAUUGGUGUGCCAGAGUUUCGCAAAGAACGCUGGGCUGUAUGGAGAGCGUGUCGGUGCCCUGCAUAUCGUGGCUCCGACCCAAGAAGCCGCGGCGCGCGUCAAGAGUCAGCUUUCCGUCCUCGCGCGGAGCGAGAUCAGCAACCCUCCCGCGUAUGGUGCCCGUGUUGUAUCACUGAUCCUCGACAACCCCGAGCUGUUCGAAGAGUGGAAGCGCGACAUCAAGACGAUGGCAGGACGGAUCAUUGAAAUGCGGAAAGAGCUGUACAGGCUCCUGACGGAGGAAUUCAAGACGCCUGGCAAUUGGGAUCACAUCGUCGGUCAGAUAGGCAUGUUCAGUUUUACAGGUAUCAGGCCAGAGCAGAGCCAAGCGCUCACGGAGAAGGCGCACGUUUACCUGACGCAGAACGGGCGUAUCUCGAUGGCCGGGCUGAACACCCACAACAUUCGGUACUUUGCGGAAAAGCUGGACAAGGUCGUCCGCGGGGAGCUGUGAGCAGGAGGCCACCCGGAGGACGGUAGAAACAAUUAUGAACUAAAUAUUAGGU